CACGGCUCACCCAGGUGCAGGCACCUAUUGUUUUUGAAAAACUUCGUACACUCUCAUUCAGCUAUUAACUUCUCAUUUUCACAUACCUCGACCCGCCGUUGAUUUCCAAAUCUUUACGAGACUCACUCAUUCAAGACCUUCAAGACCAUCAUGCGCUUUGCUGCCCUUGUCGCUCUCGCUGUCGUAGCCUCGACCGUCCCAAGUCUUGCAGCGCCUGCCCCAUACUCUCUCCAUCGAAUCACUUCCAGACAGGAUACAGCGUCAACGGAUGGCAAUACGGUCGUCGAUACAUUUGUACGCAACGGUUUCGCCACUCCCCGCAUAGGGACAGUGAUCCUGCCAGGGGAAAGUCUGUCCCUUGAUUCCAAACGCGACACUACCUCCGAUAUCGUUCAAGCCAUCGCAGCAGCGUUAAACGACUUGCCCUUCGCAAGGAAGCGCGAUAUCACUGCAGAUGUCACCGCCGCGCUCCAGACUCUCCUGCAAGAAGGUAGCUCUCUGUUGAGCGAUAUUAACGUCAAACGUGACACUACCUCCGACAUCACCGCAGCGCUCCAGACUCUCCUGCAAGAAGGUAGCUCUGUGUUGAGCGAUAUUAACGUCAAACGUGAAGCGGACUCCAUCCUUCCCGUCGAAGAGCGCAGCACUGCGUCGACCUGGCUCAAAGAUAUCGGGAGUAUCAUUAGCCUGGGAUCAGGUGUUAAUGAGAUUGUGAACGCCUUUGAUGGCAGCAACAGCACUAGGCGGGACUUGGGCCAAACUCCUGACGGAGUUGAUGUCAAUGGAGCUUUGGGUGAACCAGCCUACCAAUUCGAAGACCGCAGCUUUACGAUCCCCUCUAGCGUCUCAAGCAUUUUAGGGAAGACUGCGGGGAUUGUUAGUGCGGGAGGUACUAUUGCGACAAUACUGUCUGACCUUGAUGGAAGCAGCAACAGUACGAAGCGCGGGCUUGACACGGGCUUGGGACGCGUUGAUGACCAGAAGCGCGCCUCCUCUGAUAUCGAAAGCAUUCUCCAGCAGAUCAUAGUUGCUUUGGAGGGUGCUGAGGACGCAUUAAAUAGCACUUCUACCCCUACCUCUACCAAGCGGUCUACGAGUGAUAACGAUUUUUUCGGCCUUACAGAUAUCAUUACCCCAGAGCAACUUGACGAGCUUAGCUGAUUCAUAUCACGCAUAGUAUUUUGUGGUGCAUACAAUUAAUUACCCUGGACGGUAGUUUCGAUACUUGUCAGCCCAUAAUGAUAAUGAUACAGGUUAUAUUUGGUAUACGACCGUCAGACA